AUGCAAUCUUUCAUUUUUUCAUUCUUUCUUUCUUUCAUUCAUACAAUCAUAGGUGCUGAUGGCAUAAAUGCCACCGACGUCAGCGGGAAUUCUGCGCUCCACAAAGCCGCACGUUCAGGAGCCACUGGUGCUAUUCGGGCUUUGAUCUCCGCCGGGGCGUCGCUUGAUGGACGUAACAGUCUCCGACAAACGCCGCUGUAUAUCGCCUGCAGUCAGGGUCAAGUGGAAACCGCUCGGGUUUUGAUUGACGCGGGAGCUGACGUCAUUGCCCACACGAUAUCCGGUUCCUCCCCACUUCAGGCGGCUGUACACGUCGAAAAUUUGGAAAUAGUGAAGACUUUAUUAAAAAAUUUUGGAUUAAUUCAGAGCAGCGGAUUGGUAGCUGGUGGGAGUGGAUUUGCAGAAGCAAACCGAGCUUUGGUUAUAGCCAGCGGUAUGGGUCACGAGAAUAUCGUCAGCCAUCUUGUGAGUUACUGCUGUGAUGUAAAUAGCCCAAGCGAAGAUAAUUUUACAGCUCUAAUGGCAGCAGCAACUUACGGACAUGAAACAGUCGUUAAACUUCUGCUUGCUUCGAAUGCUGAUCCGAACAAAAGUGGGCGCUUUGGAGAAACGCCCCUGAUCCUCGCCGCCAGGAAAGGGUUCCGUGGUGUCUGCAAACGUCUUCUCGUAGCAGGGGCGGAUGCGAAUUACGCCAACGAUAAUGGAGUUACCUCCCUUCUUGCGUCUUGCUCCGAAGGUCAUGUCGACGUGAUGUCUUUGCUCGUCCAAGCCGGAGCUGACGUCAACGGAGGGGGUUGUUGUAGUGUCCCUCCUCCCAUUGUGGUAGCGGCGGCUAAGAACAAUCUUGAAGCUGUGGCAGUCAUUGCUGACUCUGGGGCAGAUUUAGAAGCCGUUGAUUCUGAAGGUAACUCUCCGCUGUGUUCUGCUGUUCUAGGAGCUGUCGGUCACAGAAACGAUGGCGUCGUUGAUUAUCUCUUACAGAGGGGUGCUGACGUAAACUGUUGCAAUUCCCAGCUGGACACGCCUCUGAUUUUAGGCUCUCGAGUUGGUGUACCGAGGUUCGCAAUAGAUCGUUUACUUCAGAACGGAGCUCAGAUUGAUCACCAAAAUGUUUUCGGUGAAACGGCAUUAAUGAUUGCUUCGGAAAAUAAACACUAUGCUAUGGUGGAAUUAUUACUCAACGCCGGUGCUGAUAGCUCAAUGAAAACUCAGUUGGGUGAAACAGCGCUAGAUAAAGCAGUCAGCUCGUGGGUGGUUGGCAGAGUCAUGCAAGAGUCAAAAUCGAACAGCGUGUUUUGUUCAAGUACGUCGACGGUCAAAGCAUUAUUGCAGAGAAAGUGUCCGCCAGGAAUAGCUUUACAUGUCUCAUUAUUCCAAAAACAGUUACCUCCCAUCAUGGCGGACGUGCUGAAGACUUCCAGCCCUGUGCCUUCUCUGGUGGAUCUAUCCGUGCUCUACCCUCGACGGUCGCCUCGCUGUGUCUACACAAGAGCCACGCCCUUCAGUACCGCCCUCGCUCACGGACACGCCCCUGCUGCUCAUUUCUUCCUCCUCAACUGGUUCCUCCACAGGCAUGACGUCACCACUCUGGCGAGAAAUGCGAAAGUUCGCCGCUCUAUCUGCACAUCUCGAAAUGCCAAGUGCAGUAGACUGUACCAAGAGGUGUUCUCUCAGCCGUGGACGCUAGCUUGCCUCAGUUUUCUGGUUGUGUCCUCUGCUCUCGGAUGUGAAGACAGAAGACAGCGUGUGGAGCGACUCAUGUUGCCUCACAUUUUGGAGAGGAAACUUUUGUUUGAGGACGAGUCGAUGUCGCUGCCGAUGGACGAAUGGGGAAAUAUAAAGUCUUUAGUUCAUAUUCACGGAGCGAUAUCAAAAACCACAUUGAAAUGAUAUUAAUUUAACUUCGUGAAGUGAGUUAGAACUAAUGAAAUUAUGUAAAAUAUAUGUAUGAAUUUAAUGUAUUCAAACCACAAACGUGUUGUAAAGUUGCACCCCUUCAGAGAUGGUAAAGGACUCCGAUUUGAUAAAAAUGUUGUCUAAAUGUUCGUUUGAUAAUACAUGUAUUGUGAAAAAUGUCAAAUAAGUUUUUGUUUAAGUUUAUCAAGCAUCAAAAUUAAUUACCCUUCCAGGAGUAUUCACUACAAUAUUUUAAAGCGAGGUGACACGAUCUGGAUAAUUUAAUAAUUUUAACGCUGGCUUGACCAGACUGAUCGGGAAAGGUGUGAGUGUCAGUUUGAGUACGUAUUCCCUUGUCAAAACAAGCUUGUAUUUGGUCAGAUUCUUGCACGUUCAAUGAUCCCGUGUCGUGUUGUAAGAUUGUUACGCACCUGUUAUAAUGAUUACAUAAUGUAUUUUUAUUGUCAUCAUUAUUAUACACAAAGAAUUGACUACAUUGCGCUGGAAUAUUAUAGUUCUGUGUUAUCUCUGUGCAAAUACGUUUUCAAACGUGAGGCCUUCGGAUUAGCGAAUAUUCCGUUCGAAUUCUGUUUAUAUAAUACAAGAUCUUUGAAGUAAAACAAAAAGUGCUAGUGAUGCCAAGCAGGCGCUGUACAGUGAUACUAUUUUAACAGAGGGUUGAUGCGUUAUCUUCUCCUUUACCUUCCCCUUUACGUUCUCUUUGCUGAAUGUCAGGGAUAGUGGACUACUGGUCAUUCAACCUGCAGAGCAACUGAUUUUUUCUAUUGGGACCGUUUCUCCUGCUUUGUAGGACACCUUGACUUCAGACAGCUGCAUUCUGAUUCCAAAAUUACUGUUUAUUGUUUGUUUUUUAAAUUGUAUUACAUGUAUCGUUUAAUGAAGGUGUUUUACGCUUCUAUAGAUCAGGCUACUUUUUGAGCCCCUUUUCCUUAAUACUGAGAAAAAUCACAUGAAAGAAGCAAUUUUAUACACCUUGGGUCAUGCUGAUAAAGAUUCAAACUUAAUAUUUCGAGAAAACCUUCAUGUUGCCAUGAAAA